UCAGAAGCUUGCUACAUGAUCAGACAACUUUCAGACUGGAUGUGUGCUGCCAAGAUUGAUAGCGCUGAAGACGCGAUGGCAAACCCGCACAGCCCUUUUGCAAAGACUCUGCGUGUCUUCAGGGGAACUUUUAUUCAUGCCUCCCGGGAAGAAGUACUGCAGGUCCUUGCAGAUGCUCUACUGGGAGUCGAUGCCGAGGGAAAGAUCAUCUUCAUUGGGGAAGGCAAAGAGCUGGAUAAGAUGUCUAAAAACUUCGGAUUUCGUCCCUCUGCAGUAACUCAACUGGAAACACACGAAUUCUUCAUGCCAGGAAUGGUGGACACCCACAUCCAUGCCCCCCAGUACAGCUACAUUGGCACAGCCCUAGACAUGCCGCUGCUUGACUGGCUCAACAAAUACACCUUUCCAGUGGAGUCUCGCUUUAAAGACAAGAGUUUUGCACAGAAAGUCUACACACAAGUUGUGAGAAGAACUCUGAGAAAUGGAACAACCACUGCUUGUUAUUUUGCCACAAUACAUAAGGACUCCUCUCUUCUGCUGGGCCAUAUUGCAAAUGAAUUUGGACAGCGAGCCUUGGUAGGCAAAGUGUGUUCGGACAGGAACCGCUUUUCAGAACAAUAUAAAGAGACAUUUCAGGAGUCCAUUGAGGAAACCUCUCGAUUCAUCUCAGAACUCCUGGAUAAGAAGUAUGCUCUCGUGAAGCCGGUGGUGACACCUCGCUUUGCUCGGUGGUGCUCGGGACCCUUGUUGAGUGAACUGGGACAACUGGCUAAGAAUAAAAACCUGCAUAUUCAGAGUCAUAUUGCUGAAAUUUAUGACAGUGUGAACGUUGUGAAGGAGCUCUUCCCUGAUUCCAAUUCUUUCACAGAUGUUUACCAUAAACACAGCCUGCUUACCAACAAGACGGUGAUGGCGCAUGGGUGCCAUCUGAGUGAUGAAGAGUUGACCUUGUUCAGGGAGACAGGAGCAUCUUUGUCUCACUGUCCGAACUCCAACAUCUCGUUGCGCAGUGGGGUCCUCAAUGUCCGUAACGUCCUGAACCACAAAGUGAAGGUGGGCCUGGGAACAGACGUGGCAGGUGGCUACUCAGCGUCAAUGCUGGAUGCUGUGAGGAGAGCCUUGGACACAUCCAAAAUUCUGACCAUACAGGAGCCUGAACAUCAGACGCUCACCUUUGAGGAGGCGUUCAGGUUGGCUACAUUGGGAGGCAGCCAAGCUUUGUCCCUGGAUAACCAAAUUGGAAAUUUUGAAGUGGGCAAAGACUUUGACGCUCUGAGGGUGAAUGUAGCAGUUCCGAGUGGCCCCAUUGACUUGAUCCAGCAUGAGGAACCAAAGAUUCUUCUGGAGAAGUUCUUGAAUUUGGGUGACGAUCGGAACAUAGUUGAGGUUUAUGUGGCUGGAAGGAGGGUGGUGCCGUUCUCCGAGUAAAUCCUCAAGCACACCUUCACAUCACUUGCUUAAAAUGUUGCUUAUCCUCAUUGAUAAAAGCCAUCCAGUCAACUUAAUAAAAUCUACAACUUGAUAAAA